CAGCUGUCUGUUAGUCGCUGGGUUUAGUUUAUUAACAGCCUCAGUUAAUUACGAGUCGGGCUCAGUUCGUCGGAGCUCCACCUUGACGCCGCUCGGAGGAGACAGCCAGCCGACAGCGGACACGACAACAAUGAGAAAGGCGCAACUCUGCACAUUUUUUAGCGACGCAAGGACAGCGAGUGAGGCUUUUCAACAUUUAGCCUGUUAGCUAGCCGCAUCGCGCACAGUACAAACACACACACACACACACACACACACACACGCGCGCACACACAAGCCUUUUUUGUUCUCCUCUUGGACCCAGGGUUUCGCAAGAUAAUUUGUCACAAACAUUACACCCAGAGAAGGGACAAACACGGCGGUUGUUUGUGUGUACGUGCCCGGAAUAACCGCUGGUUGUCGGCGGCCGAGCCCCCCGGGCUGACCCCCGGUCGGCGGCUGAAGCAUGGCAGGAAACCCGAGGAGGGGCGCCGGUCUCAUCGGCUUGAUGAAGGACGCCUUUCAGCCCCACCAGCAGCCUCCCCAGCCUCACCAACCUGCCGUGGUCGACAAGAAAAUGGUGGAGAAAUGCUGGAAACUCAUGGAUAAGGUGGUGCGUUUGUGCCAAAACCCCAAGGUGGCGUUGAAGAACAGCCCUCCCUACAUUCUGGACCUGCUGCCAGACACUUACCAGCACCUCCGCACCAUCCUGUCCCGGUACGAGGGCAAGAUGGACAUCCUCGGGGAGAACGAAUACUUCCGUGUGGUGAUGGAGAACUUGACCAACAAGAUCAAGCAGACCAUGAGCCUGUUUAAGGAGGCCAAGGAGAGGAUGUACGAGGAGAACUCCCAGCCAAGACGAAACCUGACCAAGCUGUCUCUGAUCUUCAGCCACAUGCUGGCUGAGCUUAAAGCCAUCUUUCCCAACGGCCUUUUCCAGGGCGAUAACUUCAGGAUCACCAAAGCUGAUGCUGCUGAAUUCUGGAGACGGUCCUUUGGGGACAAGACCAUAGUGCCCUGGAGGACCUUUCGUCAGGCUCUCCAUGAGUUCCACCCCAUCAGCUCUGGGCUGGAGGCCAUGGCCCUGAAGUCGACCAUCGACCUCACCUGCAAUGACUACAUCUCUGUCUUUGAGUUUGACAUUUUCACCAGGCUCUUCCAGCCCUGGUCUUCUCUCCUAAGGAACUGGAAUAGUCUGGCAGUCACACACUCCGGCUACAUGGCCUUCCUCACCUAUGAUGAGGUGAAGGCCCGGCUGCACAGGUUCAUCCACAAGCCUGGCAGCUACAUCUUCAGGCUGAGCUGCACUCGGCUGGGCCAGUGGGCAAUCGGCUACGUGACAGCUGAUGGGAACAUCCUGCAGACCAUCCCCCAUAACAAACCACUCUUCCAAGCCCUCAUUGAUGGAUACAGAGAGGGAUUCUAUUUGUUCCCAGAUGGUCGUGCUCAGAACCCAGACCUGACAGGGUUGUGUGAACCCUCUCCACAGGACCACAUCAAAGUUACUCAGGAACAGUACGAGCUGUAUUGUGAGAUGGGCUCCACUUUCCAGCUUUGUAAGAUCUGUGCGGAGAACGACAAGGAUGUGAAGAUCGAGCCCUGCAGCCAUCUAAUGUGCACCUCCUGUCUGACUGCCUGGCAGGAGUCCGAGGGCCAGGGCUGCCCGUUUUGCCGCUGUGAGAUUAAAGGCACCGAGCCCAUUGUGGUGGACCCCUUCCACCCCAAGGCCAGUGGGGCCUCCUUUGCCGGCUUCCUUGGGCCCAGCAGAGCGGAGGCUGCUGGGAACGAGGAGGAGGAGGAUGAUCGCCUGGAGGACCAGCACCUAUUCAUGAGCAGGCUGGCCUGCACCAAGGUGGAACGCCCACCAUCUCCAGUGUCUCCCCUCCCUCCAGUGCCCCCCCGGCUUGACCUAAUGCAGCAGAGACCCCCCAGCUCCCACGGGACAUUGGGCCAGGGAGCCACAACCAAGAUGCCAGCCGCUCACAGAGACAAGCCUCUGCCGUUGCCCCCAGCCCUGAGAGAGCUGCCCCCUCCUCCACCUCCAGAGCGCCCCACCCUGGCCUGUCAGGACUCACGGGUCCAGAGGCGACCCCUGCCCUCCACCCCCGAUCAGACCUCCUGGGCCUCCAACUACAUGGUUCCACGGCCAGUAACCAAGGCCCCGUCCGCCCUGGCCUCCACCCCGCAGAGCAGUGGAACCAGCGCUGAGGCAGGGAAACCCCCAGCAGCCACCAACGCUGUUUACUGCAUGGCUGCAAGACCCCUUCCAGCUCCGGUCGUGUCGGGUGCUGAGAAGCUGUCAUCCGACUGCGAGGAGAAUGAGUACAUGAGUCCCACCUCCCUCCCGGCCUCCGGUGCUCACUGGGUCGUUUCAGGCUACGCGGUGCCUCCCCCUCCAGUGCAGGCCAGCCACCACAAUAACAUCAGCAAUGAGGCAGAUGAUGGUGACUGUGAGGACCCUCAGGUCUACGAGUCCAUGUGCAACAUUCAGGCCCAGGCGGGUACAGCAGAGGCAGCGCAGUCCUCAGACUCAGACCAUUCUCACCAGUCGGCUGUAGUGUCCCAGGACCAGAAUGAGUUGGAGGAUGUUUAUGAGUAUAACUACCCCAGACCUGUGGUUCCUCCAGCCCCCACCAGAAGAACCCUGUCAGACAUCAGUGGCACCUCAGCAGCCUUCAGCAGCCUGAGCAUGGAUGACCCCAUCGAGGCCUCCAUGUUUGCAGCAGGUCCAGAUCCUGACCGCCCUCCCAAGCCCCUCCCACGGCGAGCCAACUCUGACCGACGGCCUCGACCUGUUAACCCCGAAGGCGUCCCCAGUCCUUCCUCCACCAUGGGCCCCUCCUCUUCCUCCUCUGGCCCUGGCAGCCUGGCCAUGAGUGGGGAGAUUGAAUGUCUGAUGUCCCAGGGCUACUCCAUCCAGGACAUCCAGAAGGCCCUGAUGAUAGCCCAGAACAACCUGGAGACAGCCAAGAACAUCCUGCGCGAGUUCGUCUCCAUCCCCUCCACGGCACACAUUGCCACAUAGUCUUUACGGCCACGGCCAUUCUCUCCGCCUUGUCUCUCUCUACACAUUGUGCCAUUAUAAUGGAUAGCAUUUAUCAAAGCACUUUCCUGAAGGUCCAAAAGUACUUGCCAAAAGGUUGUACUUUGGCGAGCAAUGCCACAUUCACGUCAUAUUGGAAGAAGCCGAAAAAUGAGGUGAUGUUACUACAACACUUGAUGCGGUCCUGUGGUUAAGCUGGUAGAAGAUCCACAAUUGAAAUCAUUUUCAAGAGUGAAUAUGACAGAUUUUUUUUUGGACUGCCAGCAUUGGUGGAUUUGCUGCCAUGUUUGACACCAGUUCAUGAUGAGAUAUUGGCAAAAAUCCCAUAUCCUACUUGGCAAUGUCCACCAAAGGACUGAUGUCCUUUUUUUUUUUAUCUUCCCAUAUUUACGGUAUAAUCAAUAUGAUGUGAAUGCCGCAUAAGCAGACUGUUUUAAGGGAGAAUUGAAGCCUUUAAUGUGAGCUCCAUGUAGCCAAGCUUUGAGCCCGCGGUCGCUCUGUUGUACUUUGCUGAGGUCGACUAGUGCCGUGGCUGUUUCCUCAGUCUGAGUGCAUUCUUUUAUUAAGCUACGUGUUGAUGCUUUGGUGACUUAAAAUAAUAGAGGUGCGGAGUAAAGAAGCCUCAUGCUGAAAAAGGUACUGUCGAUUGGAUUUUAUGAUGUUCGUGUCUCAUUGCUGGCAGCCGUUCAGAUCCACGUUUAACUUGCUUCUUGGCACAUUUUGGUAUCGGAAUAUGUAGCUACACAAGCAAGUUAGGAAACCAUUGAUCGAUCCCGUGGUUUGUGCUCAUGCUGAUGAAUGUGAAUAAGUUGCAUUGCAUUGUUGCAGGGCUUUAUGUCAUACAUUUCACUGUAAAUCGUUCUAUAUAGAUGAAGUGAUGGUGUUUGACAGGUUUAACACAAUUCCCUGCAGCUCCCGGUUCAGUGAUGGUUCUAUAGUUAAAUAACAAACCUGAAUAAUGUGUAAGUACUCUCAUAACGUGCUGUGUCGUGUGUAGUGCUAACAAUGGCUGAACUGUCAGUUUCGUUUUUUGUUUUUCACAUUUUGUCAUUUAUUUUUGUAUAAUUUACUGCCACCAUUCAUAGUGCUUUGACAGAGAAGUCUGGUUUAUUCUGUGAAUAGCUUCUAUAUAUUAUGUUAUAGUUUCUUACUAAAGAAUGAAAGGACUUAAACCUGUCCCUUUUUUUAGAUUUAUUCUCUCUGGGAAUCCAUGUGUGUGUAAUUUAUUUUGGAAUAGCAUUGCAUUUGUCCCUGGGGAAAAAAAAACACAGCUUCUCUGGGUUAUUAUUGAGGAAUGAUUCAAGGUAUUACUUUGAGCUCAAAACCAACAAUAACACAAGGUUGCAUCUUGUUGUGUGCUCUCAGGUAGUCAGAGAUACUAAAGACUGCGCUAUGUGCAGUAAUAAGCCAAGGUUGCAUGUAAGGAGUCAACAGAUGUUAGAGGAAUACCAGCUGCACUGGGGGCGCAGGACAGGUGUUUGGUGUAUGAGACAGUGUGUGUAUUUCACUCAAAAAGGACCCUUCCAGCAUGAUGUUUUUUCUGCUCAUUUUUUGUUUUCUUUGCAUUCAAUUUUUUGUCUACGUUUACAUGCAGGCACCACAGCUGUCAAUAGUUUUUAAUCAGUUUUUCCAAACCCGUCAGGUUCAUUAGCUCUCAUUCAGUUCUAACCUGCAUAGACUCUAAACCAGAGAUAGUUUAUAAAGGGAGAUAUCCCACCCUCAAGAACAUGUGAGGCCACCCACAGCGGGAAACAGAGAGCACAAAAACUGAGCCAAACAGAGUCAGAUGUGCUUAGAGGAAUGAAAUGUGGAGACAUUUAAGGAAAAAAAAAGCUUUUCGCCUCUGAUUCUGUAACCAGUCAACACCACACAGCCUCAAUGUUAGUGGAAAUCUGGUCUUUGUGGAUUUCUGGUCUUCAUUGUAAAUAUUUAUCUGUGUAACAAUGACAGUAAUAUCCCAGUUACUGUUCAAUAUUUGGGAUUAAAAAAUAGUGAUCUUUGCAUAGCAUUUAGCCCUAUUGACUGCUGUGUAUUCUGUUCCAUUUAGCAAAUGCUCAACGUCGCCCCCGAAGGCCCACAGACUGUACUGUAUUUUUUUCUGUCACAGCAGUCACUGCCUAUGGUAUGGCCUUUUCUCUCUUAAAGCUUUGGCGGAAUCGUCGCUGUGAGAGACGGAGCAGUGGCCUUGCAGCAGAACACUAAUAUCAGGCAGAGAGCUAAUAUUUAAGGAGUGCAAGCAGGAACACUACGAGCCACGCCGAGACAGGACUUUGUGUGCUUGCAAACAGUUUCCCAUUCAUCACAUCUCUCAGCCACAUCUCUGUGGUGAUGCUAGGAUGCCACAGUGCUCUCGAGUCAGCAUACAAAGCAUGUGAAAUGAAAAAGAUCUCACAACUGGAUUUUACACUUACAGCUUCGGUUUGCAACCCUCUUAACUGGGAGAAACUCUCAUAAAACAACUAAAACUGUAUCACUAACUGAUAAACUCACUAUUAAAUCAUUCACACGGAUGUUAAACAGUAAGGGAGUAGAAGAUUUUUUUUUUUUAAUCAUGCUGGAAUGGUCUUUAAAUUUGGACUCAUCACUUCCUGUGCAGAGAAGAUGUGCCACCAGUGAUCCCAUUUACACCAGGCUUGAAUUUGCCUAAAUAAGCUGAAUUUACGGUGUCUUCAUUAGUGGUGAUGGGUUAAUAAGAAAAAAAAAUCUUCCCUAGUGCAGCUUUAAUCCCCCCUCCUCCUCAGAAAAAGGCAUUAUAACACAAAGGAGCAUUUCUUUUUGUAUUACCUGAUGUUUUUGAUCCAUACAGAGAAGAAUCCUGGCGGUCCCUUGACUUUGUUUUCACUUGAUCUCAACGGUACUCUUUGAACUUUGUAUUAUACGCAGUGUAUUGACUGUAAUUCCUUUACCAUGAAAGUGCCACUCCAUGCGAGAACAGACUUGAAGCCGACAGACCCGGCAUGUCGUGUCGAAUUCCUGCUGGAGGCCGCUCUGUCGCACAUCAUUACUGUUCAGGACCCCUCAGAAAUGCUUCGGUCACUUGUAGGACAGCUGGUGGUGUUCGACAGGAUCCAUCGUUAGAGUCUACAUACAGUAUGAUAUAAUCAUUGUUAACCUAGCCUUUUAAAAAAAAAAUUAACUUGCCUACUAAAAAAAAGCUUUAUUUCAUUACCUUGUUAUUGCAUGUGUAAAUAAGAUUUUAUUUAUUGUUUUUAGUUGUUUUGUUUUUUUUAUCCUCAGCGUUCAUUGUGUUGCCAUGUUUUCAUGCCUAAGCCAUAAAGAUUUUCAAUUAAACAGUAUUUUCUUUAACAUUUGA